AUGGCGGCGGCGGCCGGCGGGGAGCGGGGCCGCACCAGCUUCCAGCGCAGGCCCGGGGCCGGCCCGCGGCCGCCCGCCCUGCCUGGCACUCGGCCCUCGGUGCGCCACGGGCAGCUGCUGCUCUCCAGCGGGCUGCCCUCCCUGGACUGUGUGCUAGGUGGAGGCGUAGCUGUUGGAACCCUUCUUCUUAUUGAGGAGGAUAAAUAUGGCCUUUACUCCAAUUUGUUGUUCAAGUAUUUUCUCGCAGAGGGAAUUGUCUGUGGACAUGACCUGUUUGUUGCUUCUGCCAAAGAGCAUCCUGACAACAUUUUGAAGGAACUUCCAGCCCCUUUGCUUGAUGAUUCCUAUGGGAAGGAAUUGGGAGAUGAAGCAGCAGCUGUAAAAUCUGAGGAUUUUCAGGAUUCUAUGAAAAUAGCGUGGCGCUACCAAAAUUUACCAAAAAUUGAGACCAGCCCAACAACAUAUACAAAGUUUGGCCAUUAUUAUGAUAUUUCUAAAAAAAUAUCUCCAGAACUGUGUCAGUCUGUAAAAUUGCACCGUUUUUACCUCCAUGAAGAAUUGCCUUUUGAGCCUAAAAUGAAAACAUGGAAUAUGAACAGUGGUUAUGCAAGGCUGCUUCAGUCCAUUCAGAGGAUCAUUUCCCAGGAGGGCUUUGAUGGCUCUGAUCCCCAGAAAAAACAAAGGAAUAUUUUAAGGAUAGGGAUUCAGAGCCUGGGCUCCAUAUUGUGGGGUGAUGAUGUUUGUUGCAGUGAUACCCCUGAAGAUCCUCAGAGCCUGACCAAAUUCCUGUAUGUUCUGCGUGGGCUGCUCAGGAAAUCCCUGUCAGCCUGCAUCAUCACAGUGCCUGCCCACCUCAUCCAGUUUUUUUUGGAACGGUGGAACUCGGUGUACCCUUUACACGCCGCGCUGUGCCGAGAGCCGUCAUUAGGAGCAGCAGAGCUCCUGAGGGUCCCUCCUCGGCCACAUGAGUGAGUUCCCAGAGCCCUGCUGUGUGCUGUGUGCUUGCUGCCCUCUCCAAGAAGCCUGUCAGAGAGCCCCUGGGAUGUGUGCAGCCUCCCUGGCACCGUUAAUUGGGGAUGCUGGCAGGGCGAGAGCGCAGCCCAACAUGUGCGGAGCUGCUGGUGCUCACAGCAGCUGCUCUCCUUCCCCCUGCACAGCUCCUCUCCUCUCACCAAGUGAGGAAAACAUCUCUUCUUCCCAGCAUAGUCACACAGAGGGAUCUUUACUUUUUUUUUUUUUCAAGUGUAUAUAUGUUUAAUUCCGUCAGCCAGUUCUAGCACGUGUUUAUCUCUUGAAUCCUCAAGUCAGUGCACUGAACACGUAGGGAAUUCACACUGUUUUCCUGAAGAUAUAGCAAAUUCCCCAUUUUUUUCCCUGGACUACUCUAGUACUACUCUAAUAGUUCCUCUGCUUCCCAGGUUGUAGUUCAACCCCUAACUAAAUUAAUUGGGUGGACCUCCAUGUAAAUUCUUCACAUGUGUAAUUUUCAUGAAGGACAUCUGAGUUCAAAAUCACAUUUAAUCCAAGUUUUGUCUGGAUGAUAGAUACAAAAAUAUAGCUUUGUCCUUGCCUGCUUUGUCAUGAAAAUGUAGAUUUUUGGUGGUGACAUAACUUACCUUGUCUCUGUCAAUCUCCAGUACUAGUGACUCCAGUGAAGAAGAAAUAAAACAAUAGGUGGUACUGAUUUUUGGCUGGGGCAAUGUCUUUUCAGCCCAGACUCAUUCUGGUUUUUAUAUUAAGUAUAUGAAUUAUGCACAUAUAUAUGUAUGU